AAGCAGCUUCAGGAGCAGCUCAGUGCCGCGUACUGAUGGGCAGACUCUCAUCAGCCGGGGAACAGACGCCUAUUGUGUUCCCCCGCUGCAGUGGGGGGCGGCAUUUACCGUCGUGCCCGAGGGGAGAAGCCGAGAAGUAUCCUCCAAUCAGCCGAGGAUGAUUUCUCUCCUCCUGUGAGGCUGCUGAUGCAGAUUCAUGCCUGAUAUAUUGGGAUGCUGGUCAUGCUUUUUAUUUAUUUGCACCAACAGGCUCCUGUGGAUUUGUCACAUGGACUGAGCAGCAGAGGAAACGAUGACUAAAAUGGACUUGCUUCUGCAAACUGAAGGCGGGCUAACAGAUGCACAAAUGCUUGCCGAGGACAUGCUCUUCUCCUUAAAGUCAGAAUUUUAAAGUUUUUUUUUUCUUUUGUUGGACUCCAGUUGUCAUUAAUUGUAAUUGUUUGUUAAGUUGCAGAGAGAUGGCUCGUCUGUCACUUGUUCAUGCCGUCACUUCGACUCAAGUUGUUACGUUCCUCUUGGAGGUGCAUUGAGUAUUUUCUGCACACUUUGCAUGCGUGCGUCUGAGGUGUCAGGGUUCAGGAUUACGCCACCUCUGGAACGGAUAAAGGUGUAGCCGAGUCUUGAUCGAGGAUUAGCUGCUCUAAUAGCUUGUCGCCGGCAGCCUGCGGAGCCGUGGACGCCUCACACACGGUUCAAGCCGCGACUGCAUUGACACUUGGUGGAGGGGGGAUUGUAGAUAAAAGGUGAAAGCAACAUGAAUGGACUUUGAGGGCAGGAACAAGGGCUGCAAGACAGCAGGGAAAGUUAAAUUGAGCUCACGCUGCCUUUUAUCCGAGUUCUCCUUGUAGGAUGCAGGGAAAGAGUGUUGAAUGAACACAGAGCAUAGAAUGAAACAUUGACGACACUUCACUGGACGUCUCUCAUAAUUCAGCAGCACAAAAUCCAAUCAGUCGGUGUGAAGAUAUUGAUUCCUCUGCCCAGGCAGGAUAGUCUGUUGUCUCAUCACUCAGCUCAAGAGGUCACUCGUGUCAUUUUAGGUUCACCCUCAAGCAGUUGCUGAUCUGAAUUAGUUUUCAUCAGAUCUGACAACAGAUCAGAUUAAUAUGCAGUAUAUAUUGCAAUUUUCUGUGUUCAGUAAGAGGUUGUGCAUGUUUGUUUGUUCUCAUAUUUGGAGAAUAUGUUUUCGGGGCAUGAGGACUUAGAGUGUAACCGGGAAAAUAGUAUGUAGUGGUCAGCCUCAGAUUCAUUCUCCAUUUGUUGCGUUUCCUCCUUCUGAAAGUUAAGAAUAUUCCAAGGGAAGUGUGGGGGGAAAACCAAGCACGCUAACUCCCCAGCCAGCCACACCUAAACAACAACUCCAGGAGCCUUGAGACGUGCGUGGCAAAAAUGUGCUGCGAAACAGAACUGAUGCAGCUUGCUUGAGAGCAAAUCAAGUUUCGCUCUUCUAGUGCACACACCUGGCAGACAGCAAGGGGAGCACAACUGGGCUGACUACUGGGACAACUUACUUUGUCCUUUUGUUUUUCUACUACAAAAAGACCAAACAAAGAGCACAACAAGCGUACUGUCAGAUCCGUUUUGUCAAGACAAUCGAUGGGAAUACGUGUGUCUGAAAUAAGCACAAACUUAAAAAAAAAAAAAAAAACAGACAAACAGAACAUUACCCCAACAAUGGACUUAAAUGAGUGACAUUCUUUGCCUGAAGAACAAAUCUUCUACGCUUAAGUGUCUGGAACGAAUAGGAGCUUAGAAAACUGUUCCUGACAGGGAUGUUGGAUUGCGUGUGGUGCUGAGGAAGAGGAAGGAGGGGAGUGUUACAUACCACAACCCUGCAAGGGAGGGUCUGGUCCUCCCUCUGCCACAGACAAAGACCGCGACAGGUUCUUCCGUAAGAACCGGUCAUCAGGUCGCUGCUGUACGUGGUCCAUCAGUGUGUCAAACGCCACAAUGGGGUGCAACAUGUGUGUGGUCCAAAAGCCUGAAGAACAAUACAGGGUCAUGUUCCAGGUGAACAGGAAGGAGUUGUCCCGCCUGUCUGGCGAUCCCACACUGGACACGAGGGACCCUGUGCUGUCCAACGUACUACGGGGGCGCAAGUCCCGCAGACGCGCAGGCCUAACGGGGCCCCCAGCUGGCGGCGCUCCGCUGACCAUGGGGAUGGCCGACUGUGUGGACAGCUGCACCCAGACGGACAUCAGCUUCCAACAUACGUUGACUGCGGGCAAGAGCGGGCCGUCUCCACCCGACCCCCCGCCUUCGCCCCCUCUACCAGCACUCCUGGAGCCAUAUUUGCUCAAUGAACUUUACCUAGAGCCUGUGUACUAUGACCCGGCCGACUACUUCGACAUCACUCAGCAUGACGUUGACAGGCAGGACGAGCUGGAAUAUGAGGAGGUGGAGCUGUACAAAUCCCAUCAUCAGGAUAAACUCGGGCUGACAGUGUGUUACAGAACCGACGACGAGGAGGAUCUCGGGAUCUAUGUCGGCGAGGUGAACCCAAAUAGUAUUGCUGCAAUGGACGGCCGCAUCCGCAAGGGGGACAGAAUAUUGCAGAUCAAUGGAGUGGACAUCCAGGACAGAGAGGAGGCGGUAGCUAUUCUGACCAGAGAAGACAGCACUAAUGUCUCCUUCCUCCUCGCACGACCCGAGAUCGAGAAUGACAACCAAGUGGACCCAGACAAACUGGACCUGGAGCCACUGGACAACGCUAUCCAUCUGCUGGCCAGUCACAGAAACGGCAGUUGCGCGGACGCCUCCCCUCUGGGCGGCGGUGCUGCAGGGUGCCACGAUUGCUUACUGAACAGGGAUUCGCCCGAUUUGCUGCAGACCGUGCUGAGCAACAGCCAGGAGCUGGACAGCGGAGUGGGCCGCACGGACGAAAGCACGCGGUACGAGGAGUCCUCGGAACACGACCUCCUGGGAGACGACCACACCAGUGCCUCCAAUACAAACGCCACAAACACACCCGGAAGCAUGCGUAAGUUUUCAUCCGCCCAAAACGACACGCCGCCACUGCUGUACUCCCAAGACCUUCAGUUUAGCACAGACUCCCUUUUGGGCCUGGACUGUGGCAACGGAGGAGGGCUGGAGCAGCUGGAGGGCAGCAACAGGACCUACACGGGUGACCCGGUGAGGAUGAUGAUGCCCGGACUGACUGAAGAAGAGUGCGAGAGGUACAAAGAGCUGCUGGAGAUAAAGUGUUACUACGAGAGAAGCGGCGGCCGCGAGGAAGGCGGCGUCUCGCUGGACGAGAACAAGAACGAGAGCCUGACUCGGCACGAGAUGGCGCUCCUGGAGGAGGAGUUGCGGCACCUUGAGUUCAAGUGUCGAAACAUUCUCAGGGCGCAGAAGAUGCAGCAGCUGAGAGAGCGCUGCCUCAAAGCUUGGCCUCUGGAGGAGAAGGUCAGUCGGUGCUCGGUCGGCGACGAGUCCCGUCACCAGGCUCUGUCCGACAUCAACGAGCUUCCGGAGAGGGAGCGCUCCGAUAAGGACAGCACCAGUGCCUACAACACCGGAGGGGAAAGCUGCAUGAGCACCCCGCUGGUUAACGAGCAGCACCCCUCGCCUUCCGCAGCCAGCCCGGAGGGAGGAGAAGCUCGGCCGGAGAAGAGCUUCUCCUCAAGGCAGAGAGAGAGGGCGACCCGGAACGAAGGAGACACCGGGGUCCCAGUGAACCUCAACCACUCUCACAGGAGAGGAUCCAACCCAGGAGCCCGGAGGGGUUCUGACGGAGGGCUGAGACGCAACAGCAAAACCAACCCUCAGAGUGUGAGGCUGGGGGGCCGCAGUGCCGAGAACAGUCCUUACAUGUCUCGCCGUCACGCCGAAACGAAGCUGCCUCAGCACUACUUGAGCUGCAUGCAGCUGGGGUCUCCGUCGGCCUCCGAAAGGCCGGGGGGAUACGGAGAAGCACCCGGACAGGGCAUCGCGGACCUCAGCCCCAUGAGUCUGGGUAGCACAUGUAAAGACGUGGCCCGAAGCGGCGCCACCGAGCCCUUCUCGCCGCGUAUGGAGUGGAAAGUAAAGAUCCGGAGCGACGGCUCACGCUACGUGGCGAAGAGGCCCGUGCGGGACCGCCUCCUGAAGGCACGGGCCAUGAAGAUCCGAGAAGAACGAAGCGGAAUGACCACGGACGACGAUGCGGUGAGCGAGAUGAAGAUGGGCCGCUACUGGAGCAAAGAGGAGCGUAAGCAGCAGCUGCAAAAGGCCCGGGAGCAGCGGCGGCGACGGGAGCUGAUGAUGCAGAGCCGCCACGACUUCCUGAGGGAGCGGGAGCAGGGUUGCGGGGGCUCCGGGGACGGCGCUGGAGCGGGACAGCAGGGGGCCGCGCAGCAGCAGGAACCCACCUCCAUCCUGGAGUUGUGCCACCGCAGGAGCAUGAAGAAGCGCAGUCGCAGGAUUCUGGACAACUGGAUUACCAUUCAGGAACUGCUGACCCACGGGAGCAGGUCUGCGGACGGGACCAAAGUUUACAACCCCCUGCUGUCGGUCACCACGGUCUGACUUGGACACUGAAAGGAAGGUUUUGAAUGAGGACGUACCCUUUCCACGCUGCGCUGGUGCCAACCAGAGGUGGCAAAAGUUCACACACUCUGUUACUUACACAACUCACAAAAAAAGUUAGGGAUAUUGGACUUUCAGGUGAAAUUUCAGGGCGAGCCUAAAAUCCACCAGAACCUUUACAGGUGAACUUUUUACUUUCACCAAACAUUUGAAUGCACAUGUCCAACUGUUCAGUGGUUCAGUACUUUUUGCAUAACUUGCUCUUCUCCAACAAGGCGCUGACUGGCAAAAUUCCCUGAAGGUGUUUGCUCCACGAACUGUUCCAAGGCUGUCCAACUUGUGUGCUUUUCUGUGACUCUUCCAGUCUCGCUGUAAUCUUGGUUGCAACCUCUUCACUUCCUGGUCCAUUUUGAAGGCGUCGUCUUGGUCUCAUAAUGUCGAAAUGUGAACAGAAUAAUGAAGGGGACUGUUUAAAUACCAAUUUUAAUUCAACCAGGAAAUGUCAUGGUUUAAACACGUGAAUUUUGCCGGCCAGCUCAAGUGCAAUAACUACUGAAACGAACAGACAAGUGCAUUGAAAAGUUUUGAGUGUCAGAGUGCAUUUUGCUUAGCUUUAACUUUCACUAGUAAACCCAAUAUCCAAUUUUUCUAAGUAGUGUAAGUAGUACAGAUAAGUGCAUGAAACAAUAUAGUAAAAAUACUGAUUUGACUCCUAUACUUGAGUAAAAAAGUACAAACUGAAAUACAAAAGUACAAAAAGUUAACAGAUUGAGAAACUCUCAAUUAUACACAAUAUCUGCUUUGGUAACUUGGCAAAAUGGGGAAAAAAGAACUGCACAUAAAAUAGUUUCCCUCUUUAUUACCUUUCAUAGUGCUCAUACUGAGAGAGAGAGAGAGAGAGAGAGAGAGA